AUGCCCACCAUCUCACCUCCCACCGUCGUGCAGAGGAGAAGCCAUGCCAUCAUCUCAUUCUCGCAAAGCAAACAAACUGGGGGUCCCGGGUGUACGUAUGCAGCACAUGUUACCUGCCCAACCAUGGUCAUUCACCGGAUCGCUCCUGCUAAUAUGCUGCUCAUCUCAUCGCCGUACUUGCUUCUCUCCCAUGAAUACUCGAGGCUUCCACUCUCUAUCCAUAAUACUACUACGAAUACUUGGCAAGCAUGGGAAGGUCCAACUCUAGCCCACAUGUUCCGCUUGAACCUGGCUCUCCCCAGUUUCCUAUCUGAACGGAGCUGGGAAGAGGCCGGCUCCAGCUUCCCCUUGCUCUUUUCUUCUCUGUCUGCCCGAUUUGGUAUUCACUUCGCACUCUCAAAGGUGCUAUCCCACGCGGUCUGGUUUGAGGUUGUAUCGGAUAAGAAGACGGAUGUUGCUGCCAUGCUCGCCCGCAAAUGCGCUACGCCCUGCCCUACGGAUUUCCAUCCACGGUCAUGCCUGUCCUGCAUUGCCAUUCUUCAAUACCCCCGCCUUGCCUCUUUACGGUUUACCGGCACUGCCUUGCUCCCGAUCCUUUGCCUGCCCGUAACCCUGGGACAAGUCUUCAUUUCUCCGCCUUCUUCAGCAAUCUUCCGGCCUGGAUACUCCCUGCGCGAGAGCUCCCAAAUCAGCUCACAUUACCUCAUUCAGCUCAAGGCAGAGCCUCCGCUGCGACUCCCGAGUUUCCAGGGACGGAAGCUUCGCCUUCCACCUGAUGCGAACCCGGGUCAUUCCUCGCUGCGAUUCUCCCGCCUUUCCCGUCCCGUGUUGUGCACCAAGUACUCCGGUUACGCCCCAGUCCAGCCCACACGGGGAGAGAGGUUGACUUGUCUUGGCAUCCGUCCCAAUUACACCAUCACUACAUCUCUGCUCAAAGGGCUCAAGGGUCAAAGGACAUACUCGUACGUGAUAUGCCAAGGCCAAUCGCAACUUCCCAUCGGUCGUGCUCGGGAUCUGUUUUCCCUCCGACCCUGGCUGUGGUCACGGCCACGGCCACGGCUACGGUCACUCUACGGUCACGGUCACGGUGCUAACACUGCUGCGGCCGUGUUAUCGGACGGGCGGCGUGGGCGUUCAGCGGUGGAGACUGAGCGCCUCAUCCUAUCACCGUUUGAUCUCUUGCCGGCCGCCUCGCCGGAUCCCUACCCAGCCACCGUCAACACGUGCUACAGCCUACCAACGCCUGAUUGUAUUCCGUUCCGCACCCAACGCUCACCUUCCUUUCACUCCAAACCGUUCGCCCGACUUCUUCCCUCCAUUCUAGCGCCAUCUCCGGCUCUGUUCUACGGUUCUGCUACGGAAGCAGCCAGCCAACCAACCAUCCGUUCACCGUGCUCAACAAAUCCGCCCCUUACCACUACUAGCACCACUACUAGCACCACCACCAUCACCACAGACACUCACCCCAAGAAGGAAAAGAAUCGCAAAGAGAUGCCGUCUACAGUCAAGAAAGCCCCCGAAACUUGCCCGUCCCAGCCGCACGGUCCUCGACCCCGAAUCGAAUUGGACCCUUUCUGGAAGCUUAACCAAAGCGCCAUCUGCCAAUCGAAAUCAUCAACGACGACCGCAGCGUCUACAGAAGUCCCCUCGCGACCAUCCAUCCGUCCCAACACGGGUCCAUGGCUGAGGCCUGAAAUGGUCAACCCAUGGUCAUCUUUAUGCGGUUUGGAGCCUUCGCUGCAGUCCACGUGCUGGCUUGGCAAUAGACAAGGUGUGAUGGCUGUGUUGCAGCACUACUUGAUGCCCGACUACACUUGCUAUACAGUAGUACGUGCCAGCAUCGUCAAUGCAGCAUUACGAUACAACGACGGAACCGUAGGCACUGGUAUCCGUCCGUACUCCGACCAGAUUCCUUCUAACCGCCGCUCUCACUUUCUACAAGCCCAAGAUAUCACCGAGAAAUCUUGGAUGGCAUCGGUGUGUGCGCCCGUAUUCGAUUGCUUGGUUCAUGCGCGCAACACCACUCCCACAUGUUAUGGUGUCGAAGCAGGAAAGGCACAAGAGAGGUCGAAUGUCCCCUCCCUGCGAGUCAGCCCCGUGCAGAAUCUGAUGCAUGGAAACAUCUGA